AUGAUCGCCGAGCAAAACCCAACAACCGUUGUACAACAACCGAAGAACCAGCCACAGAACUGCUUUUAUGUCUAUUCUACAGCACUGAAAGCUCUCGUUGGAGAGAUAAGAAAGGUCCACAAUUGGCUUAGCGAUCAUACGCAAAAGGAGCAAAGUAUGCAAGGUCGACUGAUUUAUUCGCUGAUAGUGAUGGAUUUGAGCCGUGAGCUCACCGAUUUUGAAAAGAGAGCUGACGCUUACGAAGAGGCUGGCAACAAGAACAAAAUUGCGGACCAGGAGACGAUUGAGUUCAUAAACCGAACCUCCAACGGCAUUCACGCUGCUCUUCGGGAGUGGAAAUCAGAGCACCAGCCGGAUGAUGAUUUCGAUGUUGUUAUUGAUCAGCACUCCAUGGGUUCGUUCUUGAAAGUCUUGAAGCGGCUCAAUGAGAUGAAUGAUGUGGAAGAGACGAACAAGUUACGGAAAGUGUUGGUGAAUGGAGUAGCUGGAGGAAAUGUGGAGGAGAAAACUGUUCAACUUGAGCCACAGAGCGCGCAAAAACAACCGCCAAAAAAUGGGAAACGGAAGCAGAAUGGGAAAAGAAAGCGAAAUGACAAGCAGAAACCACAAGCACAGCAAGAGCCACUUCAAGCCCCACCAGGAGAGCCGAAAUCCGACCAACAGUGUCAACAAGAGGAUCAACCAGAACCACAAUAG